AUGGCUCACCUGGUGUGCCCGAUGUGCAGUGAGACGCUCAGCGAGGAGGGCUCUCACUUUUUCAAGCAUUUUAAAUAUAAGAGAUAUGCAUGCGGAGAGAACGAUUGUACGCAUCAAUUCUAUACAGAAGCCGAGAGAAAUGCACAUUGCUCGGCGAAUAAUCAUAAAAGAUCGUUUCAGAAAACAGUGAAUCCAUACAUUGAUCGAAUGAUCACCCAAUUGGUAGAAGACGCGAAACACUUGGCGAUGACGAAUGAUAUGGAAGUAGUGAUUGCGAAUCGUUGGGGAGGAGGAGGAGAUUCUGAAUCUCACUCUGAACUUCUGAAGACGUCAGAAGUGGUGAAGCAGAGAAAGAAGAGAGUGACGUCGUCGUCGUCAUCUACGAUGACUCCAGUGACCAAGAAGACGAGAACGACGCCUGCUGUGAAGAUUUCCACGUCUCCAUUCGCCUUUUUGAGCAGCAGCACCACCACUUCUGGAGCAGCGUCUUCUUCUUCGAAUAUAAACCCUCCGACUCCGCCCACUCCAUCCCCAACCGCCACCGUCCAACCAGCCCCUUCUUCUUCGGCAAUAGUGGAUUCAACGACUUCAGAUCACAAUAUCCCGAUUCCACCAGCACCUCCACCGCCUACCACACGAAAACCAAGAAAUCAGAGACAAUCGGAGAGCUGCUCAACUGGACCACACAAUCAGACGUACGAGGAGAUGUCGGCACUGGAUAAACUGAUUGGAUGGUUCGAUCCGAAUGUUCCAGAGAGACAGGAUGCUGCCAAAAUCAAGUGCUCAGUUUGUCACAAGGAAAUAGUCUAUGAUUAUAUCAUCCGCAAAGGACACGUCACCAGAGAUCACAUGGCGGCCGAUGUGGCACCACAGGACUACGAUGACAUUCUGAAGAGUACGAUGGACCGAUGCUACCCGGAAAUGCCAAACUCGAGCCUUGCAUGUCAACUAUGCAUGACUGGGUCGGAUGUUCGUAAAACUCUCCGUCGUGAGCACAUUGAGAAGUUCCAUACGACCAGUUUGCCACCACUGACGUGUCCGUUGGACGGCUGUGGAAAAGGAUUCAGAAGACAGUGCGAUUUGAGUUCUCAUAUGAAGGAGAUUCACAAGGCAAGAAUGUCGAUACACAAGGACCAAACGUUCCAAAACAUUCGCCGUCGUCGGAACGGAAUGAUCAACGAAAUGAUCAACAAAUGCUUCCCGUGGUCUAGUUUGGAGGCGAUGGAGAAUAAGGCCAUUGCAUUGAACAAAAGCGCCUCCUCUACGCCAUCACUCGCGACGCCGACGGAUUUGUCCAAAGAUGUGCGACUCAGAGAUGCUAAUAAGACCCGCCGCGCUCCACAAUACAACACCACCGGCUCCUCGUCGUCCUCGUCGUCAUCAGAUUCAGAAGACGAAUCGACGACACUGGCUACUGUAGAAGAUCCAAACGGCACGCCAAUCGACUUCUCGCGUGACGUCAUCUACAUUUGUCAUCAAUUCAACGCAGAAGUCACUCAGAAGUUGUCAGAACGAGCCGCGCCGAUGCUUGUGAAGCGGGAGGCACGUGCUGAAGCCGUCGUUCUUAACGAUGAACCGAUGGAGGAGGAACCAGAAGACGACGUCAAAGAAGAGGAGGAACAACGGGAGGAGAUGGAAGUUCCCAAAGUUGAAGACGUCGUUCAGAGGCCAUUUGCAGUCUGA